CCGACUUCGUAAUCCAUGCAGCCAAGUCGGGAGGAUCGACCGGGAAGAGAUCAGCGUUCCAGACGCCUGUUUCGGCAUUGUCUACCUGUAUACGCUUUAUGAUUCGAUGGAACAGCAAGUCGAUUCUAUUGUUGCGAAACUGGUCUACCCGUGGCGACCACGGUGGAAGACGGAGGGAGAGGUGACUUCGAUGAGAAUGCUUCGGGCUCGACGUACUUGCGUGCCGGAGGUCUAUUGCUAUUGCGCUGAGCCCAAUCCAGUGGGAUUGGAAUGGAUUCUCAUGCAGCAUAUGCCAGGCGAACGAGCAGAUCUCCGCUUCGCCGACUUCGACCCCAAACGUCGCCAGCACGUUAUCGAACAAGUCGCCGAUCUUGUCGCUUGCCUCUUCAGCAUUGAGCAUCGAAUGAUUGGCUCCAUUUCACAGUUCUCCGACAACACAUCCGAUGAGAUUGUCCUGGGUCCGCUUAACGAUCUUGCAUUCGAAGAUCCGCUUUUCAAAGGCGGUGCUAUCCCGGCGGAUCAGUGCGGUCCAUUCAUGACCAAGCGCGAUCUGCUCGAGGCAUUUGCUUUCCUAGGUAAACCGGGUCUCAUGCCACUGGAAAACAGAGGCCCGGGCAGAAAACUCAUCGAGCUUUACGAUUUCCUCGAUCUUCAUGCGGGAGAUCAGCACACCUUCCACUUUUCGCAUGGGGACUUAGCCGGUCGGAACAUCUUGGUGGACAAUGAGGGCAAUGUAGCUGCUCUCCUUGACUUUGGGAAUGCCGGCUUUCGACCUGGAGAACUAGCGGUGACCCUCCCGGACUUCAUUGAUAAUGAUGCCGACAAAACACUAUACAUCAGCGCCCUACAGCGAGCGAAUGAAUCGUUAUAUCGGUAUUACAUCGAUGGCACAGAACAACGCAAGAUGUACGAGAAGGGGUUUCGGAUCAGCUGCACUCCGGGAAACAUCAUAAUCCUCCUCGUCCGCUACUGGGAAGCACACGAAUGUCACUGCGAUCAAUCCUCAGUCGUGUCGCUGAGAGAACAAGUGUUCUACAAGGGGCUGGAUGAGUGGUUAGAUUCAGAAACCAAAAUAUGA